GGUACCCAAACUGUGCGCUUAUGUUUUAAAACGCGUUAGACUGUGUUUAUUAUCUAAUUCGAAUUUGAACCGUUGCAGGCAUUAGUUUUGAUCUAAUUUAAGAUAUGUAUUUAACCGGUAGCCAAUUAUACAGUCGAGUGUAAAAUUGCGAUCGAUGUUUUAAAAUUCUUGUUUCUCUUACAACUUAGAAAACAAGAUAGAAUUAUAGAAAACAAAAAAAAAAUAUUUUUCUACAAAAAAAAACAACCACGAUCGCGUUUGGUGCUCACACCAAUUUCAAAGUCUCAGCGAAACCGUCGAAAACUGGCGACACAAAUAAAAUAAAAUUGAAACGAAGGAGCUUUUCUCAGACAAUGUUAUAUAGAUAGUGAAAGAUACUCUCCCAUUACGUGUUUGAGCGUUGAGUAUGACCAAAUGAAAAUCAGCGGCUGUUCAUUAAUGCGAACGAUUCAACGCGCUUUUUAGUCUGUUUAUUACGUUCUCAUAAUGCACACACCCGUUGCUUUGAGAUGAAUAUUUCGAUUUUUGUUCAAACGAAUUUUGUUUCAAAUGUGAAAUAAGUGCUAAAUCUUUAUUAUACAAGUUUGAAAAGUGAAUAAAAAAUCUUGUUGAAAAAAUGCCUCAUUCAGAAUCUCAAUUGGUUAAUGAUUUGGUAAAAGAAACAAUAAAUUCAGUAGUGAAGAUAGAUCCAAUCGCAAAUAACGAAAAGGAUGAAAAAUUGAUUAGGCCACGACCCCCGUUACCACCAAAAGUGCCAAAAACUAUUCGAAAAAUUACACCUAUUUCGACAUUAAACGAUUUAACGCAGAUACAGACACAAAAAUUGUCAAAUAUACCAAAAAAUAUUCCUAAACUUUCAUUGCCUCCUUCGCGUACUCCAAACAAUAUUGACUUCAACAAUAACAAUUUCUUGUCGUUGUCGCGAAACUCUUCGCUUCAGAGUUUUCGAUCAACAAGUCCAUUACUCUUACAAUCCAGCAACAAUUCACUCGAUUCACGUAGAUCGUUGCGAUCACAUACACCGAGAAGACUUUUUCCACAAGCAUAUACUGAAUGUAAAACUAUUGAUUUGAGUGAAUUGCAAAUGCUGGACAACGCAUCAACCAUAUUUGACGGAAAAUUGUCAUUUGUGCUCGGAUGUAAGAAUCAACGUGUAUAUCAACAAUUCCGACCAUCACCGGCACACUUAUCUGAAGUAGAGACAGCAUCGCGGUAUUUGAGUGAAAAGAUUAGUGAUUUUUUGAAUCGCACCGACCACAUCAAUGAAGAGUGGCGAAAUCAUUGCCGUCGAUCUGCUUCUGUUUCACGAAAUACCUGUGAUGUAAUUAGCAUUAUUGAAGAUCAGUACAAUGUUAACAACGAAAUGUCGAAACGCUUGGCUAGGUCGAAAAGUGUCACAAAUAUCAUGACCAAAGCCUAUCAAAUGGCCCAUAAUAUGCCUCCGACGGAGCGUUCUAGUUCCGUUUGUCGAGAGCGAUGUGGGUCAAUUCUUAGCAUUAACAGUAGUCGCACCACAACUAAUGACGAGAAUGACACAAUCAUUGACGAGGAGUAUAGAUCAUAGGUGAUGACGAGGGUUCCUAGGGGUCGGAUGACCCCCCUAAAAUAUUUUCCUCAGGGACCCCCAAUGGAUUUAUCCAGGAACCCCCUACAGAAUUUUGCCAUCAACCCC